AUGUAUUGCUGUGCUGUGUAUUUGAGAUUUUGGUGUCUUUUGUUUGCUAAUAAUUGUAUCUUGUUUCGCAGGGACAACCAGGCUGACCUGCGAUCGACAGAAGGUCGCUAUGUGUCCUCUGAAACACUACCGGCUGUGAACUUGGGAAGUGAUGAUCCUUCCUCUCAAGGACGCACAGAACAGAGUAGUGUAAACCAGCCAUCACAGAGCAUCACUCCUGAAACCCCCAAACAACAUCAAGAAACAACACCCAAGCUUCCCCCAGCUCCAACAAAAAUUCAUCCAGACGCCGAGGAAGCUGCUGCCCUGUUGAUGAUGGCACGGACAGCAAGCUAUGUUCCUAAAACAGAUCUGCCGAUGCCAUCAUUCAGCCUUGGAUUGACAGAUUCAAGCCAGGAGGGGGCAUCGACGCAGGAGACAGAAAGGGAAAAAUCUCCAGAAGCUGCAACUAUGCUGGAACAAUUGGACAGUUUGGUCCAAAAGUUAGCAAGCAGUGUGUCAAAGGGAAAAGACGAAAGUCCACAAAUUCAGAGGGAGACUGGGGGAGAAAGUUCUGCUAAGUUUGAAACACCGGGGGGAACAAAUCAAAUUCCGGAUGAUAUGAAAGAAAAGUGCUACAUCUGGGGGACGAGACUGAAGGAGGAUGCAAAGGGCGAUACUAACGAGUUUGAGGAGAUAUGCACUCUGACUGGCCAAGGACAGUACAUUUUGAUGAGAACGCACCUUGCAUCCCUCCAGGCAAACAGUGAUAUAGAAUGUCAGGUUGUAUCUGCCAUCUGCCUCAUCCUAAACCAGAAAAAGGAAAAGAGGUUUCAUGCACAAAUAUACUUGUCUCCCCCCAGAUAUUGUGGUAGUGUUACUUCUACGAACUUUGGGUGUAUUUUAUGCAUGGAUUUGGGUGUAUUUGUUAGCUUAGAUUGGGUGUAA